CUUCGGAGCAGGCUUGUCGUCGGACAUUUUUCACAAAACUCUUCGUAUAAUCUUUGGAAACAACGGACGAACGGAAGAAUCACUCCUGGUCGCCGCUAGCGAUCAACAACACGUUACCAGGGAUGGAUGUGGUGACGAGAGGGUUGCGGAUGAGCUGAUAGUAAUCUUCGGUAGUGCCGCAAGGAUGUUGGCCGCGGCUUUCCGAAGGCUCUCCGGGCAUACGCUCCGUCCGGCCGCAACUUUUGUUCGAUGGCAGAGCAGCGAAACCAGUGGCACCUUGGGUGGAAAGAGUGCCGUUAAAGAUGCGGACACUAUUUUCGACAAAAUCAUACAGAAAAAGAUCCCGGCCGAGAUAAUCUACGAGGACGAACAGUGCCUAGCAUUUAACGAUGUCUCCCCUCAAGGACCGGUCCAUUUUCUCGUAAUUCCGAAGCGUAAAAUACCCAAACUCGAGGACAGCGCAGUGAGCGAUAAGGAGAUCCUUGGCCAUUUGCUGCACGUUGCGGGCCAGUUGGGCAAAUCCAAAGCACCCCAAGGAUUCCGGCUUGUGAUUAACAACGGCGAUCACGGGUGCCAGACCGUGUACCACAUUCAUCUGCAUGUAAUCGGAGGACGCCAACUCGGGUGGCCACCGGGAACCAGCACGAUGCAGAAAGACACGCAAGUGAAGAUAGAGGGGCUGAGUUUAGAAAGGGCACCCGAAUCGACACCGCCUUCCUGCAGCGAUAGCACCAAAGUAGGCGAUGAUGGGAAAAAACCUCACGACCUCGGAAGAAACUGCCUAAAAUCACGACGCUUUGGCCAAGGCAGAAGUCGUUCCACUCCUUACGUCGCAGCACGGCAUUCGGCAUUGCUGGAAGGACGAUUCCUCGAGGCCGUUACGAAUAACAACAGCGACGUGGUCGGUGAGAUGCUCCGCAAAGGCAUGUCCCCGAAUACAGUCGAAAGCUACUACAGAAGAUCGGCACUGCACAUCGCCUGCAGCCGUGGGUACACCGACACGGUCCGGGUGCUGUUACAAAACGGGGCCAACCCAAACAUACGGGACAUGAACAACAACACCCCACUGCAUCUGGCGGCCUGCACGGAUAACAUCGAGAUGGUACAGAUGCUGCUCGAUUACGGCACGGAUCUGCUGCUGCGGGAUUCCAACGGGCUGCUAGCGUUAGAUAUUGCCAUUGGCAAGUUACGCAUUUCGGAGCGUAUCGUCUCGAAGCUGCAGAACCUGUCCCAAAGCGACAUCCAUCGGCAUCGUGAUAAAACGGUGCUCGUCUGUGAUCGGAUGUUUGGUUGCCUUAAGCAGCAAAUGAUCAGACGGAAUCCGGCGGAUUGGCAGGGUUGGAGCCAGGAAAAGCUGCUAGAACGGUUUAACGAGUUCUCCGAAGUGCUGGUCCGCAUCCGUGAUCGGCAGAUAGCGGCUAUCGUCAAUAAGAUCGAUAACAUGAAGGUAAAGAGUGAGAUCGACAACGACGUAAACUCGCUUCUGUCCACUUUGCAGCAAAUUUCCAUCUAAUCAACCACGCCACGCAGAAUCUGUCGUUGGUACACAAUCUUGAAUACAUGGUUUCACAAACAUUAGGACGAAUUCCGUUAGAAUAGGUUUGGGAGCACGUGCUACACACAUCACGAGAUAAUUCAUAAGUUAUUGUAAGCAAAUAGUGUAAAGUUUGAGUGUAUGUGACCUAUUUUAUAAUAUAUUGUACCUUAUCCCAUUA